AGGGUUAUUUUUAAGUAGGGAGACAAAACAGUGAGAAAAAGUGGAAGUUAUCCGUAUCUUUAAAUAUGGCUCUUAAGGGUCGUGGGAGUGGCACCGGAAGAGGAAGAGGUGGAAGGCUAGGAAAGGUUGUCGAUAGAGCCAUAGACUUGACCAAGGAACGAGGUGAUUGGGAGGAAGAGUAUGAUGAAGGACUAGAAGAGAAGGAGGAAGGGUUAAGGGCGCGUAAACAUCAGGAAGAGUGGCGUAAAUGCACUCCGUCGCCAGGAAAAAUGGCUUACUAUGCUUUUAAGUUUGAGAGGCGUUAUGGAGAAAGGGUCUCAUACUGGCUAGAGUUACUAGAGCAGGUCUUCAAUCGUUUAACCCCAGCUGAGAAAUUCGCUCAGUUAUAUGAAUAUGUAUGGUGGGAGCUUCGUCCAGAUGUGGAAAGGAUUGUAACCGAUGCCCAGGGGAACUGGGACGACUUCAAGAAAGAAGUGCCGAGGAAGUACAAAUUAGGAGAUGGGUUGUUGACCGUAGACGAAGAGAAGGUUCCGAGUCAAGGAUAUCCAACGCCAGAGCAGUGCGAGCAACUCUGGCCGCUGGAUCAGACGCAACUAAGGAAUUAUACUCCCCACACCGCACGAAAAUCGAAGGGGGGUAAUACGUCCAAGGAACCGGCUCAGGCUCCUUUACCACCUCAGGAAGAAACCUCAAUCGAUAUAGGAGAAGAUGAGGAGGAUCAAGAUGAGGUGCUUAGAGGAGAAGAGAACAAACGCGCAGAACAGAGGGCCAAAAAACGUAAAACUAAUGAUGGAAAGGAGAAGGUUGGGGAGAAGUCGAAGAAGAAGUGGAGGUCUAUUCCUGGAGAGGAAGAACGAUUGAGGCAUCCAAUGGUAACAAGAGACUCUGCGGGAAUGCCACUUUACAAGAAAGGGGAUAACGUGAGGCAGUUUUUGAGGGAAUAUGAAAAUCACGCUAUCAUAAGAGAGUGGGAUGUGCCCACCAUGAUGAGAAAUGUGACUGGAGUGGGAGAAUGCAGGAAGGCGAUGGAGGAAAUGGCCAUGAAAGUUUUUGGAUGGCAGAGCUUUAAAGUAGCUAUGUGGGCCAAGUAUGCAGAUUUGAGAAGAGAUGAAAUAGAAGAUAACAUCACUUUCGACGGAACAAAUUUGGAGGAUUUCGAGGAUAGCAUCGGUCUCUGUGCAGAAAGGAACAGAUGGGAUGAUGAGGAAAAAUUGGAGCAGGCCGCGAUCAAGGUAACACCCAGGGAACGUGAGACUGUCAGAACAAUCAGAAAAGGGUCAGAUACCUGGGGUGGCUUUCUUGUUGAGAUGAGAAAGGUCUAUCCUUUAAGCAUACAGAGGCAGAAGAAGAGGCAGUUGUUCCAGGAACAAGGGGUGUGGAUUGGAAGAAGGAAUGAAGGGUUGGAAAUGGCAGAACGGAAAAAUGGGAAUGAGACACCCCCUCGCCAGGGAGAGGGAAAAUUUGUUCGUAACAUGGAAAUACCUGAGGUGCAGGGGAAGGAAAGGCGUAUAGCCAGGAAGGAAGAAGGACGGGACAAAUCUCCCGAAGAAAAGGAAGAGGAAGAAAAGGGAAAGGAGAAGAGAAAGGGAAAGAUGGAGGAGGCUGGACUAUCAGUGAGAGCAGAAACAACAUCCUCCAUGAAGCCUCUCAAAGACAUGGGACGAGGAGGUUAACUGGGGAAGAAAGGCAGAGAAAGGCAGACGAGAACAGGGAGUGGAGGAACCAAGCUGUGAUUCGCCUAAGGAAAAAUGAGCCGCCCAUGAACGCUCCCUGGAAAGUGAGAAUGAAAGAUAUAGUUUUGU